AUGAAAGCAACGAAAUUAACAAAUGUGUGCUUGUAUAGAUUGUUGUCACUAUCAACUUGCAGAUUCGAUAAGAAAACGGUGGCAUCGAAAGAUUUACUCGCAGAGUAUGAAAAGAAACGGGAUUUUAAGAAAACAAACGAACCUAAACCAAUGAAAGAUCAGCAUGAAAUGAAUCAACAUCGAUUUGUUGUACAGGAGCAUCACGCCUCGACGUUACAUUUUGACUUUCGACUUGAAUUGAACGGCGUUAUGAAAAGCUGGUAG